AAUUUUAUAAAUUAUAAUUUAGGAUACUUUCACAAUUAUAUUCUUGGUAAUUAUUAUGUAAUAUUUUUAAUUCAUGAAUAUUAUGACCAGAAUGUAAUGCGGUUACCUAUUCUAUUAAACAGGAAUAAUGAACAAAAAAUUCUUAUUCAACAAUUGAAUAACAAUUUGAUUUCAUUUGAAAACAUUGAAUCAUCCAUUACUAAUUACUUGAAUCAAACAAUCAAACUAUUCAAAUUAAAUAUUUUUAUGAUGGAUCAUUUAGAACAAGAUAAUAUUGAAGCAAUUAAAUCGAACACUUUAUUGAAAUCAGAGGAUACACAUUCUGUAUCAAAACAUCCAAUGGUUCCAUUGUCUCAUUUAGUCAAUACAAAACAAGUUAAAACUGAUCCAUUAGGUCUUGUUAUUGCUAAACGUAAACGUAAAGAAAUGGCUGAUCCACAAAUAGCCGAAGCAAUAUUAUCUGCAUCGAAAUUACCUCCACCCAUUGUACCAGAAACUACAAAUUCAGUAGAUGUUCCAGAAGAACUGUUACAAAUAUUAGCAUUGGCUAAAGAUUAUGAUAAAGAUGAUACAGAAAAUAUUGACUUCUUCAAGAAUUACUCACUUAUACAACCUAGAAAACCAUUAAAGACUGAAGUGAAUAAUGUGACAUACAUGAAACGUGAACGUCUAUGCAAAUUGUCAUCAUUGAAAAAGUAUUUCAUUACUAAAGAUUUUAUGGAGGACAGUGAAGAAACUCGAACUUUGGUACAAAAUACUGUUCAUACAGAUGAAGAAUGGUUUAUGGAAAGUUUUUUACAUGUAUUGUGCAUUUUACUGAUCAUAAUUACAUUACCAUUGUCUUUGAUAUUUUGUUUAAAGGUUGUAACACACUAUGAACGAGCAGUACUAUUUCGCCUUGGAAGACUGGUUUCUGCAACUGCUAAAGGCCCAGGCUUAAUAUUUGUUCUUCCCUGUUUGGAUCGUUACCGUGUUUUGGAUUUACGUACUUUUACAUUUGAUGUACCUACACAAGAAGUACUUACAAAGGAUUCUGUCACAGUUGUAGUUAAUGCAGUUGUAUAUUAUCGUGUAAGAGACCCUGUACGUGCUGUAGUUAAUGUUGAAGACGCUAAUCGAGCAACCAGAGUUUUGGGACAAACCACUUUACUUAAUGUACUAGGUACAGUAAAUUUAGAAGAAUUACUUACUGCUAGAGAAGAUAUCGCAGCAUUAAUGCAGGAAUGCUUGGAUUCUGUAACAGAAGCAUGGGGUGUAAAAGUUGAAAGAGUAGAAAUUAAAGAUGUUCGUUUACCUAUACAACUUCAGAGAGCAAUGGCAGCAGAAGCAGAGUCUGUCAGGGAAGCCACUGCUAAAGUUAUAGCGGCUGAAGGUGAAAUGCGUGCUUCUGGUGCUUUAAAAGCUGCUGCUGUCGAAAUUAAACAACAUCCAAUUGCAAUGCAACUGCGUUAUCUUCAAACAGUUAACAGUAUUUCAUCAGGAAAACAAUCGACAAUUAUUUUUCCAGUACCCUUAGAUUUAACUUCACUGUUUCGGGCACAACUUGAUAAUAUUUUAUGUGGGAAUAUUUUCGAAAAUGUAAACUUUAAAGCAGAUAAUAAACUUCAGUUUCUUAAUAAUAAUGACGACGAGGAUAGUAAUGAAUAUGAAAAUGAACAAAAGGAAGAUUUGUACAAAGCAACCGGCCAAGAAAACAUUUUAACAGGUUCCUUGAAGUUACCAUAUCAAAUGUCAACUGAUGAAUUUAUGGAGUCUCUAUCACAAAUAGUUUAAGCAUGUAGUUUAAAUUCUAUAAUACUAAAAUCUGUCAAUUAUAAAUCAAUUCUUUGAUAUUCCCAUGUUUUAUAAGAUCCGCCUUCAUUUCAUAAUUUAGGGUGCCAUGUCUUCAUUGUAUAUAGUUCAAAUUCCUAAUAGAAAUACAGAAUUUCUUUUUAAAUGUCUAUUUCGCAUGAACGAUAUAUAUUUUCUUCUUUCACAACUAGUUAAUGUAGAAAUAAAUAUUCUGUAAACGAACGUUUUCAUUUGUUUGAUUGUUUGAACAUCAGUCCAAUUAUGACAGAAUGAAGAGGGUAUAUUUGAAAAAAUAAAUUCACAUCAUCAAGGUGUAUCCCAAAUCUUUGAUGGGACUGAUGAUCCUAUCAUGAUACAAACCGACAUUAACUAAUAUUGGUUUGAGAAGUUAUGAUAAAGUUAUAAGGAAUGAAACUGAACUCCGGACGAUUGAGUUUUAACAACUGGUGAUUCACUCAGAGACAUCCCCAUUUCGCAGUAAGUACCUGACAUUAGUGAUAAUAUAAGUUAUUUAUUCUACUUCAGCAUGUUUUACAGAAGACGUUGUUCGUUGAAUCCAUAUUCUUUUUUUUUAUUCUGGUGUUAUUGUUACAAUAUGGAGGACAACGAAUGCUUUUGUCUAAUAGGAGUAGUUUAUAGAUUACCUGUAGCCCAGGAUACCCCUUCAAACUAUCAAAGGAGCUCUAAAAAUGAAUUUUUCUACGGAUAUAACUGAUGUGUGAAUCAAAUGUUUUUAACCUCUUCUCCCUAGGUAACGAUUUUAAAAACUGACAACUGACACCAAAGACUUGAUAAAACAAUUAAGAAGUUAAUAAUCGAAACUGGAAGGAAAUCAUAAGGAAAAUAUAUGAUACAGUUAUCUGAUACCUUCAUAUAUCCGCUUGAUUAUUUUGCAGCUCAUUGACUUGAAUAUAUUUCAUGCCAAUUAAUCAAUCCAUAUAAAUCCUUUAGAUAAAGAAGUACGGUGUUAUUUAAGAUUAACUACGUAAGGGAUUCAUAACAUAAUUAUGAUUACUAUGUAAUUUCUUCACUAGUGCAUUAAGGUACAAUCAUUUGUGUAUGUAUCAUCAUCAGAUAGGAACUUUCCGAUUUAUCUCAAAAAUGAUCCUAACAAACCUUUACGUUAAAAGACUGCCACAAACUGUUUAAGAUUCUUGAAAAGUUACGAGUGAAAUCCCAGUAUGAAAUCUCCACAUCUGAAAAUACUACAACUCGGUUGUUAACUAAGAAAAUUGGAUUACAUUAUUGAAUGUAAGGUAUUAUUUGUUUAAUAUCUUGAAAAAAAAAGAUCAUUUACAUAGAGGAUUAUUACUUAACUAAGACCAUUUGGAUUUAUAGUCCUAGUUACAAUUACUCUCAAAAAUACAAUGUUUAAAAUGACGUCGAACAGAUUCUAAUCUGAGUUUAUAUUUACUGUGAAUACUAAGGAUAAAAAAAGUACAGUAUAUUAGUAGUGGUCGAAAUUACACACCUUUGUGCAAUUAACAAAAGUGAAACAAUAUUAUUGUAAAAAACUACUCAGUACACAACUUCUCCUGUAGCUUUUCUAGUGUUACUGCCAGCCCCAAGCUCGGGUAAAAAAGAGGGGAAUUAAGAAAUGGGUCAGCAACUCUAUCCCAUAGAAAACAACCUUGCUAAAAAGACGCAAACCAGAGUGAAUAAUUUAAACUUUCGAGUCGAAGUAUCUUCUUUUAGUAGAAUUAUGUCACCUCAUGAUGAAAAUCUAGAUAUUUCGGAAGCCACUAGAUCCUUUCCCCUUUCUAACAACUUGAGCAAUAAUUAAUACAGUUAAUGUAGAGAACGCUGAUGGGAGGCCUAUGCUCCACCACGAGGGGUAACAAACGUAAGUAAUUACGCAGUAUACAACUCAAAGGUUAGUAUGACUUAAAUGUUUACAUUGUAAUUUACAUUAG